AUGCCUCAAUCCUUAUCGGAACAGAUGAAGGUGGAAACCGACAUCAUUACCCUCUCCCGCUUCAUUCUUGAAGAGCAGCAAAAGCACGCGCCAAAAGCCACAGGUGAGUUGACUCUCUUGUUGAACAGUCUUCAAUUCGCAUUCAAAUUCAUUGCACACAACAUCAGAAGAGCCGAAUUGGUCAACCUUAUCGGUAUUUCUGGUACUGCAAAUGUUACCGGAGAUGUGCAAAAGAAAUUGGAUGUCAUUGGUGACGAGAUUUUCAUCAAUGCCAUGAAGUCAUCCGGAAACGUCAAGGUCCUUGUUUCUGAGGAACAAGAGGACCUCAUUGUUUUCGAGGGUGGUGGCAGAUAUGCUGUCUGCACAGACCCAAUUGAUGGUUCCUCUAACAUCGAUGCUGGUGUCUCCGUCGGAACCAUCUUCGGUAUCUACCGUUUGAAGGACGAUCUGACUGGAUCCAUCCGCGAUGUUUUGAGAAAGGGUACUGAGAUGGUGGCUGCCGGCUACACAAUGUACGGUGCUUCUGCACACUUGAUGAUCACUACCGGCCGUGGUGUCAGCGGCUUUACCCUCGAUACACAGUUGGGUGAGUUCAUCUUGACCCUGCCAAACUUGAAGAUCCCACAUUCGAGAGGUAUCUACUCUGUCAAUGAGGGAAACUCCCACUACUGGCCAGAGUACACCAAGAAGUACAUUGAGGACUUGAAGAAGCCACAAGAGUCGUUGGGCGGUAAGCCAUACUCCGCACGUUACAUUGGAUCUAUGGUUGCAGACAUCCACAGAACAUUGUUGUACGGAGGUAUAUUCGCAUACCCUGCUGACUCCAAGCUGAAGAACGGAAAGUUGAGAAUCUUGUAUGAGUGUUUCCCCAUGGCUAUGUUGAUGGAGCAGGCUGGUGGAGCUGCCAUCAAUGAUAAGGGAGAGCGUAUCUUGGACAUCUUGCCUAAGGGCAUCCAUGACAAAUCUGGUAUUUGGUUGGGUUCCAAGGGUGAAAUUGACCGCUACAAGGAGUACAUUCCAUGA